CGGCGGCGGCGGCGGCGAAUCCCGGGCUGGCCGCGGGCCCCACCAUGGACGCGGCCGAGGUGGAGUUCCUGGCCGAGAAGGAGCUGGUCACCAUUAUCCCGAACUUCAGUCUGGACAAGAUCUACCUCAUCGGGGGCGACCUGGGGCCUUUCAACCCCGGCUUACCAGUGCAGGUGCCUCUGUGGCUGGCGAUCAACCUGAAACAGAGACAGAAGUGUCGGCUGCUCCCCCCCGAGUGGAUGGACGUGGAGAAGUUGGAGGAGAUUCGGGAUCAUGAACGAAAGGAAGAAACUUUUACCCCUAUGCCCAGCCUUCACUACAUGGAGCUCACCAAACUCCUCUUAAAUCAUGCUUCAGACAACAUCCCGAAAGCAGAUGAGAUCCGGACCCUGAUCAAGGACGUGUGGGACACUCGCGUAGCCAAGCUCCGGGUGUCUGCUGACAGCUUCGUGAGACAGCAGGAGGCACACGCCAAGCUGGAUAACUUGACCUUGAUGGAGAUCAACACCAGUGGGGCUUUCCUCACACAAGCGCUCAAUCACAUGUACAAACUCCGCACGAACCUGCAACCUUCUGACAGCUCCCAGUCUCAGGACUUGUAGGCAGAGACUGGUUUGUAGAGGCCCGUGUCUGCCAGCAGGAGGCUCACCGGGUGGCCUGAGCGCUCGGGACGUGACAGAGGUACUCACAUUUCCAGAGUUCUAGAACUACUUCUGAAUGUAUGCAAAAAACUGCAGUGAAUCAAGGGAUGGGUUCGUAACCUUGUUGGCAAGCAACAGGCUUGUGCUUAGUCCUCGAGACAUUCUGUAAUUCCAUGUCUGUAUCUGGGAGCCAGCUGUCCUUUCAUGGGGAAACGAGAAAAGCAUUGGCAGAACGAAUGAUUUCCCUAGCAGAGCUCUGGGUCUCCUGCACAGGACUGUUGUGUGCAGGUGAGUGUUCGGUGCCGUCCGGUGUUGCUUUUAAGACGGAGAUGUAGCAGGAUGGUAAGAUGGAGAUGUAGCAGGAUGGUAACGUGGCCUCGGCCAUUCUUCUCCCUUCUUGACCCUCAUCUCUGGGGCUAAAUUUAGUCUGCUACAGAGGCUCUUCACACGGAGGAGGACAGCAGAUGAGUAGCGAGUGACAGCAACCCAUAUUUAUCAUCUAAGCCCUGAUACACAAUAAAGAUGGAAUCAACCCACAUCUCUGUUGGGUUUUUUUCCUGCAUAACUGCCACGCAAGGGAAUAGGCCAAGUGGCUAGAAUGACCUGAUGGACCAAACUUGAGAGGUUUAGCAGGCAACUGUCAACUUCCGACCGGCACUCUGGGUAUCUCUUGUUCUCUUGGCUGUUUCUGGGUGAGGCCCUAAGGGUUGCUUAUCAGCAAGAGGAAAGUCAGGAGAAAAUCAAUUCCAUGUUAUCGAGCGUAUGAGUGAAGCUGAAGACACGACCCCAGGGGGAAAAGUGGGGCCUAUUACAUGGUUCUUGAUGAACUGAGGGGAAGACAGUUCUAGGCAGCAGUGGUUCAGGUAACGGUAUUGGUUUUUUUCCCUAGGAGGAAAAGU